AGAUCAUCCGGAGCUUGAUUGCCAUCUGUGGAAACACACUCUUUUGUCAGCCCACGGCUGGCUGAUCCGCUUACUGGCCAAGCCACUUCUCCAACUCACCUACCCUCCAUCAGGGGAUGACCAUAAACUCGAUCGAGUAUCAGGCAGUGACCAUAGAAAGAUUCUGCACGACAUGCGCUAUGUCUUCUCUUUCUUAUGUUCUCUUCUCUUUCUUUGAUAUUUUCUCUUUCUUUGAUAUUUUCUCUUUCUUAUGUUCUCUUCUCUUUCUUUGAUCUCUUCUCUUUCUUUGAUCUCUUCUCUUUCUUAUGGUCUCUUCUCUUUCUUAUGGUCUCUUUCUUUUAUUCUCUUCUCUUUAUGUUGUUCUCUUUAUCUUAUUCUCUUUUUUUCUUUUAUUCUUUUCUCUUUCUUAUGUUCUCUUCUCUUUCUUAUGUUCUCUUCUCUUUCUCGUGAUGUUUUCUAUUUCUUAUGUUCUCUUCUCUUUCUUAUGUUCUAUUCUCUUUCUUGUGUUCUCUGCUCGUUCUAUGAUCUCUUCUCUCUCUUCCGAUCUCUUCUCUUUCUUAUGUUCUCUUCUCUUUAUUUCGUUCUCUUUCUUUUCUUCUCUCUCUUUCUUUUAUUAUCUUCUCUUUCUUUUGAUGUCUUCUCUUUCUUUGAUCCCUUUUCUUUAUUUUAAUCUCUUUUAUUUCUUAUGCUGUCUCCUCUUUCUUAUGAUGUUUUCUCUUUCUUAUGAUGUAUUCUUUUUCUUCUUUUAUUCUCUUCUCCUUAU